AUGGAGUCUGCGAAAGUCCCCAAGUCAUUCGGUUGUUUCUCUCAGAAGGGUUUGCUCGUAAGACUAAGUAGCUUUCGUUCGAAAAGCAACAACACUUCAAACUCCAAUUCACCUACGUUAAUGUCUCCUAAACCAUCAAAACAAAACACCAACAACAGACAACAAGAUUUCAGGUGGGUUUUCGCUCGAUUUGACACUGACAACGAUGGAAAGAUUUCAGCUUUAGAGCUGCGAUCAUACUUCGGGUCAAUUGGAGAAUACAUGUCGCACCAGGAGGCUCAGUGCGUGAUUGACGAUUUGGAUGAUGAUGGUGAUGGGUUUAUUGAUUUUGAUGAUUUUAUGAGGCUGAUGAAGAUGAAAGAUGAGAGAGAUGAUGUUAAAGCAGCGUUUGAGAUGUUUGAGCAUGAGAAGGGGUGUGGACAGAUUAGUCCGAAGAGUUUGCAGAAGACCCUGAGUCGACUCGGGGAAUCGAAAAGUUACGAUGAGUGUUUGCAGAUGAUUAAGGUGUUUGAUGUUCAUGGUAAAGGAGGUGUUGAUUUCAAUGAGUUUCAGCAGAUGAUGAUGACAUGA